AAAGACCCCCCACGGUUAGCGUGGGUGUAACUGACAGCGGCAGUUGAUGAGUUCCGCAUAGAUCCGUGUGCCCCACGUUCUUCAACCUCACGUGUAAACUACUUCUUCUUCUUCUUCUUCUUCUGCGUUUUCAUCGUUAACCUUUCUCUCCAAACACCCAUUCUUCACCAUGUCCGAUCAUGCCGCCGAUCUCCCCGCUGCCGCCGCCGCUCUUAGUGCUGAAGAUCGUGCUGAUCUUGUCAAUGCACUCAAGGAUAAGCUUCAGCUCUUGGCUGGGAAUCAUGUUGACGUCCUGGAAACACUGGCACCCAAUGUCAGGAAACGUGUUGAGGUUCUCAGAGAUCUUCAGGGCCAACAUGAUGAGUUGGAGACUAAGUUUAUAGAGGAGCGAGCACAGUUAGAAGCUAAAUACCAGAAGCUUUACGAACCACUUUACACAAAGAGGUACGAAAUUGUCAAUGGAGUGGUUGAGGUUGAAGGAAUUACAAAUGAACCUGUGCCUGCAGAAGAUCCUCCUUGUAAUUCAGAGAAAGGAGUGCCUAACUUCUGGCUUACUGCAAUGAAGGCAAAUGACAUACUGGCUGAGGAGAUCACUGAACGUGACGAGGGUGCCCUCAAGUAUCUUAAAGAUAUCAAGUGGUGUAAAAUUGAUAAUCCAAAGGGCUUCAAGCUGGAGUUCUAUUUUGAUUCUAAUCCUUAUUUCAAAAACUCUUUGCUAACAAAAACAUACCACAUGAUUGAGGAUGAUGAACCUAUAUUAGAGAAAGCAAUAGGAACAAAGAUUGAGUGGAAUCCUGGAAAGAGCUUGACAGAAAAGAUUCUUAAGAAGAAGCCAAAGAAAGGAUCAAAGAAUGCCAAACCCAUCAUAAAAACCGAAAAAUGUGAAAGCUUCUUCAACUUUUUCAACCCUCCCCAGGUUCCCGAGGACUUGGAUGAGGAUGAUGAUAUUGAUGAUGAUACUGUCGAGGAGCUCCAAAAUUUGUUAGAACAUGAUUAUGACCUGGGUUCUACUAUCCGGGACAAAAUUAUUCCCCAUGCUGUGUCAUGGUUCACGGGGGAGGCUGCAGAGAGUGAUUUUGAGGAAAUAGGAGAUGAAGAUGCUGAUGAUGGGGAUGGUGAGGAAGAUGAAGAUGACGAGGAAGAGGUACAAAGUAAGAGGCGGAGUAAGAACAAUGUUCAGAUUGGAUCUAACAUGCAGACUGGUGGCAGGGCUCAACCCGAUAGAGGAAACGGCCAGCGGACGGAGCGCCCUCCUGAAUGCAAUCAGCAGUAGUCCUCACUUGUGUGCAACAGACCUGGAUAGAUUUAGUGUUAGCAUAGCAAAUACAGGAGAAUUUCUGGGUUACUUCAGUCAUAAGUUGCAAUUUGAAUUUCUUUUAAUUUUGGGUCGUUGUAUGAAUUUUAUGUCUUAAAUAUUUUCUAUAUGUUGACUCUUGAUAAAGAUUUGUGUUUUUGUCCA